GAGGAUAUAAUACGUAUUUAAGUUAGGACUUGUGUGAGGGGAGAACAAUCAUUGCCACCAACAUAGCCUUUCUUCUCUCCAGGGGCGUAACGAGGCUGGAGUGGGCCCAGAGACAAAAUUUUAAAAUGGGCCCCUCGCUGAUACACACACACUCACUUCACAUGAGACUUGCCUCUGGGGGGCCCCCUCGAGGCGUGGGGCCCCCCAGGCAGUCGCCUCCCCUUGCCUAAUGGUAGUUACGCCCCUGCUUCUCUAGCUCGGGUGGGGGUGGUCAGGCUAGGGCCCUCCAGUAGCUAGGGGCCCUUCAGGGCCUCUCUCCCACAGGGCCACAACUCUUCUCCCCCCCAUCCACUACACAGAGGAAGAAGACACUCUCUGCCAUGGUUGCACAGCACAGCAUUAUGACCUGUUCCUGCCAGUAAAUUAGCUCAGAGCUGCAUCACAGUCAUGAAGGGGAGCUCCAAGUGGAGAGAGGUGGGGGGAACGAUGAAAGGUUUCCCAUACUCUGCCCCUCCCAGUUGUCAGCAGGAGAACCUGAGCCUGCCAGGAACUUCAAGUGUGGUACCUCCAGCCCUAGAAAGAAGACAAUGAGUUUGAGCCAGGUUCCUCCCAGCUGUGCACAUCCCUGAACAUUUCCCACCAUGAACGUCUGGCAUGUUGGCACUUUGGCCUGUGCUGUCAUCAGCCUCCUGCUGCUCUUCAUUGGCAUGGCCUCAGACCACUGGAUGACUGACAUAAGCAGCCAUCGAGGGCUAUGGAGAGUUUGCAGUCUACUUAGAUGCUGUACAUAUAUAAGUGUGCGAGCAUAUCUUCAUGCCACCCGAGCCUUUUUGGUGAUUGGAGUGAUCGUCGGUGCUCUCGCCUGUUUUGCUCUGGGUGCCUUAUUUUCCCGCCCUAAGAUUGCCUCCUACUCCCUGUCCAUGGUCGCAGUUAUAGCCAGCUUUGCUGCAAGUAUAAGUAUUCUGAUUGCCAUGGCCAUCUUCACAGGAGUUACAGAUUCAGACCAUUCUUAUGGGUGGUCUUUCGGCUUGGGCUGGGUUUCCUUUCCCCUGUUCAUUAUAACUGGUGCACUUGCUUACAAACUUCACAGCCAGCAAUAAGCAUAGGGCAGACCAUGCUGCCUCUUUGGGGUUGCUUCUGGAGUCAUAUGGGUCACGCGGGGCACAGACAGAGCCUGCACUUGAAUUGGACUUGCAUCAAAGAUCUGUAUCUUGAUCCAGCUUGAUUACAAGAGUUAGGGGAAUGAGGAGACCCAAUUCUGCUCACAGCAAGGUUGAAGUGAGCCCUCAGGCAAGAAAUGAACUGGGCCCCUUGCCUCCUUUUCUCCCCCCACCCAUGUCUUGGUUGCAGAAGAACUAUAUAAACAUGGUGAAAAGCCAAA